AUGGCCUCAGUGCCCGUCAGGGCACUUAAUGCUUUGUGUAACGAAACACCACGUAACAUUCAAGAAUGGCUUACGGAAUUGACAAUAACCAAUGAACCGGAAUGUAUCUUCAUUUUAUAUGCUAAAUCAUUUUUGGAUAUUACCGAGCAACAACAUCAUUUGUCAACAACAUCUAAUUAUUCCGAGAAUCAAACUGAGCGAAUUCAUUCGGAUAGCAUAAGUUGCAAUUCGGCACCAGUGAAACCAAAACGAUGUAUUGCCCGAAUGAUGUCUUCAUCUUCGGGGCAUAUUAUGACAGCUUCAACACCAGCACCAUCCAUGAAAACUGAGAAAUAUCGUACCACGGUGUGUUAUCAGCUUGAUGAAGCAAAAAAAAAUACUUCCAUAAAAUUGAAUCCGGCAUCAAUAUCAGCAUUUAUCCGUGUGAAACCUUGUAAGGAUUCUGACGAUAAUAAAACGGAUAAGGUGGAAUCAGAAUGUAAUUCUGUAAUGAGUGAAAUAUCAACUAAGACAUUGGACCAAUCAGUGCUACCUAAAAUACCUGUUCAUAGUGCAACAGCAAGUUUUUCCCUGACAAAUCGAUCUCUUACACCGAAAAUUUCUACCAAAGCCAACGGUUACAGAUGUAGAUUACGUGGUAAAUCACAGAAGUCAUACCGUUCACAGCUUCAACAACUGCAAAAACAAAGAGAGAAGGAAACAAUUGAAAAUGAUCGGAAGCCAAAUAAUAGAACAUCAAUGAUUACUGACAAAACGAUGAUCGUCAAUGAUUCACUGCCAUAUUCAUCUGCUAAAUCUUCAUCAUCGAAAGUUGACAGUAAUCAAUGGAUAGCAAAACCGGAUGAUCAAUCCGUAUCUGUUGCAAGUGAGCAAAGUCGAACUUGCUUAAGAAUUCGGCCGAAUCCUUCGUCAUCACACAAUAUGAGCACCAAUAAUAAUCCAGAUAACUGUGAAACGACGUUUGUGAGGCAAUUGGAUUGCUUCCGGAAUAAAUUAAGAAAUUCUUCCAGCAUUCAAAACGAUUCACAAUCAUCAGCCGUAACUUCCGUAAAAUUUAGAAAAUCACCAAAAACAACGAUUUCAUUACAGAAAAAAAUGAAACCAGAUAAGAGAUCCGAUUCGGCAAAUAACUAUAAUCGCAAUCAAAUUUCGAACAAUCAAGUAUCACAAAAAACAGCAAGUCAUGGGCAGCUGCAAAUUUUUCGCGUCAAUGGGGAAACAAUAUUACAGGUACUACUUGAUGCACCACCAAAUUCACAAGCGAUAAAACUAAUUUCGAAUGUUUCCAGAUGUUCCGGUUAUGAUACUGGUGAUGGUAUUAUUGAAUCAACAUCAACGGGAGUAACAACAUCAGCAGCAUUUGAAUCGAUUGAUUCAAGUACAAAUAGUAGCAUAGAUUCCGGACAAGGGUCGACGGAAUUAAAUUUUCAAAAUUGUUUGGCCAAAGAUCCAUUAAACUAUGAUAAGACAGUUGCAGAAGAAAGAUUCCCAAGUUAUGCUCGAAUAGUCAAUACAAUUGACCACGUAUUACGUGUAUGCAGCACGUUUCACGCAGCAAUAAACGAUGAAAUAAGUGAAAAAUGGACCAGUAAUGUAAUCUGUGAAGCAAAACUGCUAAUCGCUACAAUUCAAUGCUCACCGUCUUUUACGUUUCUUUCUGCUCACGAUAUAGUAACAGCACGAAGGAUGAUUUCCGAUUUGGAAUCAGAACAGAAUUGUGCAGAGAAGCCUGCUAAUGCAUUUAAUUUUCUGAUUGUUCUAUUACGGAAGAUAGUUCACGAAGUUUUAAUUAUCUUUGCAAGGAUCAUAUCAGUGUAUUUAGCUGAAUGUACCAAUCGAGAUCGAUUAUUGAUCAUUGCACUUGAACAUCUUAUACAUUUGAUGCUUUUUGGUGAUGAAAUUUGUCAUGUUAUUAUACAGUGUGGAGGUUUGGAAUCGCUGUUAUAUUUUUGUGAAGUACCUUCCGUUUCAAAUGGUACCCUUCGACUGCUACUUCGAGCUCUAGCUAUCCUAUGCGGUAACUAUCGAGGUGCAACGAAAUUUUUAGCACUUAAUAAAUUUGAAUUAAUUAUCAAAAUACUAUUUACCUCAACGAUAGCUUGCUCAGCAGAAGCAGCUGGUAUAUUGACACAGUUGACAAAUCCUAAUCAAAAUUAUGUUCGUCUUGGUAGUAUAAUGCCAAGAGUUGUUACACGAAUUCUCGAAAUCGUUGAUAAAAGUAAGAUAGCAGAGUCAUUACUGCUAGCAUUGGCGGCACUGGCAAAUAUAACUGUGCAAGAAACCGAAACGAUUGAUAUUCUUUACGAGCAUAAUGCUAUCAAACGUAUUGUUCAGGCGUAUAAGCGGCCGAAAUGUCACAGUGUAUUCAUUGAGGAGCAGUUGCUAACAAUUUUCAUCAGUCUUGCAAAUGGCGCUUAUAUUGAAGCGCUAAUUGGACAGGGUGCAGUUGGCUUAUUGCUUUCAUUGUUGGGAACAAACAGUUGGAUACAUAUCCAUAACUGCAGAAGAAUUCAGAUACGAGCUACGAAGUGCUUACGAACGAUAGCUAAUCACGGAAUUGGCCUUAAGGCUAUACAUGAAUUAGACGGUUACCUGACAAUAUCAAAAGUAAUGCAAGAUAAUAAUGCGCCAAUGGAUGCAAGGAAUAAUUUGUGGUGGAUAACGGAACAAUUAGAGAAAAAGUAUCAAAUAGAAAGUGCUGUAUAG